CCAAGAAUGGACAUUAAUAGACAUUACAAAUCAAGAAAAUAAUCAUAUCAUUCCAACUCAUAUUCAAAAAUUUAAUCAGGAGUUAUCUAAAUUAGAUAAUUAUACAAAAGAUAAAGAUGUUAAUAACAUUUAUUGUACUUUAAAAGAAUUGGAGAAUAAAUUAUCAGAAACUGAAGGUAUAGCACAAAAAUUGCAUGUUUUGAACAUCAAAGGAAAACGAAGAAAUCUUGUAACUGAGAAUAUUCCUAUUCUAAACAGCGAUCCUAUAGAAUGUGCCCUAGAUCUUAUGAGACGUCUUCCACCACAAAAAACUGAAGGAAACCUUCUACAACUCAUAGAUCUUGUACCUCAUCUUCAUGAAGAUUUAAUAAACGCUGUUGACCAACCUUUAAAAAUUGGUAGAUGUAAAAAAGAGGGAAAGGAUUAUAUUUUAUGUGCCUUUAACAAAGAUGGAGAAUCAUAUCGCUCUCCCUGGUCAAAUAAAUAUGACCCAUAUAUCGAUGAUGCCAUAUUCCCAUCUUCAAGAAUACGUAAAUUAGAAGUAGCUGCCAAUGAGGCAUUUAAUACAUAUCGAGAGAUGUACUAUGAAGUUGGUGACGGCGUUCGUAAAAUGAAAGGUGUAUGGGACUCUAUUCAUGUCUUUAAAGCAAAUGAGCGUGGUCGCAAAGCUCAAUAUAAAUUAACAUCUACUGUCAUGCUUUAUACAAUUACAAAUAAAUCUGAUCUUGGAAAUAUGAAUUUAUCUGGAAGUAUGACAAGACAAUUUGAAGCAGAAUAUCCAUUUGAUGACCCCUCAGCACAUAUCGCAAAUAUUGGUCGUAUGGUUGAAGACAUUGAACUUAAAAUGCGUAAUUUGCUUCAAGAAGUUUAUUUUAGUAAAACAAAAGAUAUAGUUAAUGGUUUACGUUCAGUAAAUUCCCUUAUCGAAGCACAAAAACAAAUGGAAGUUCAAAAGGAGUUGGUUGGGAAGUUAUUAGAAAGAAAAGCAUGA